AUGAGUCGACCCUCUGCAUCAACUUCUAGUAAUUCUAGAAGCUCAAGAUCGCGUUAUGGUAAGGAAGUCAAAGAGUUGUAGGAUGCUUUGAAUUAAAACAAAAUUGAAUCGAAGAGAGAUGCAAUCAGAAAAAUUAUUGAUGCUAUGACUAGAGGUAAAGAUGUUAGCAUGCUCUUUCCCGAUGUCGCUAAAAAUAUGGAAACCGCCAAUUUGGAACUUAAAAAAUUAGUCUAUUUGUACAUCAUCAAUUAUGCAAAAAUCAUGCCAGACCUUGCAGUUAUGGCUAUAAAUAGCUUUAGAAAAGAUGCUAGAGACAAAACUAAUCCAUUUUUAAGAGCAUUAGCCAUCAGGACCAUGGGAUGUAUAAGAGUAAAGCAUAUCACAGAAUAUUUAUUGGAUCCAUUAAAAGAAUCAAUCAAAGAUGAAGAUUCCUAUGUCAGGAAAACUGCAGCUAUUUGUAUUUCUAAAUUAUAUGACGUCUCUCCAGAAUUGAUCGAUGAAUAAGGACUUUUGAAGCUAUUAGAAAAUCUUCUUAAUGAUGGCAAUGCUAUGGUAGUUGCAAAUGCUGUAUGCGCUUUACUAAUAGUAUAAGAAUCUAAAGGGACAACUAUGCUCCAAUUAAAUGCUUAAACAAUUUAAAAAAUAUUGACAGCCAUGAAUGAAUGUAAUGAAUGGGGUGUGAUUUAUUGUCUUGAUGCUUUAGCACUCUAUAUUCCAGAGGAUGGAAAAGAAGCAGAAGCUAUAUUGGAAAGAGUCAGUCCACGAUUGAAUCACAGCAAUCCAGGAGUGGUUUUAUCAGCCUGUAAAAUUAUGAUGAAAUUCCUUGAUUAUCUUUAAAAUCCAGAAAUUAUUAGAUAAAAUGCACUUAAAAUGACUGCCCCAUUAAUUUCUUUACUGAGCUUAGGUAAAGAACCAGAAAUAUAAUAUGUGGCUCUAAAAAAUAUAAAUCUAAUCAUUUAAAAGAGGCCAAUUAUUAUUGAAAAGGAAAUUAAAGUAUUCUUUUGUAAUUUCAAUGAUCCCAUUUAUAUUAAAUUAUAGAAACUGGAAGUGUUAUCCAAAAUAGCUAAUUAAGAUAAUAUUCAAUAGAUUUUGCAUGAAUUAAAAGAGUACACACAAGAAGUUGAUGUCGAAUUUGUUAGAAAAUCAGUUAGAACUAUAGGUAGAUGUGCAAUUAAAUUGGAAAAGUCUGCAGAGAAAUGUGUUACUGCUUUAUGGGAGUGUCUGAAAACUAAAGUGAAUUAUGUUGUGAUGGAAUGCAUCAUUGUUAUUAGAGACAUUUUCAGAAAAUACCCACGCAAAUAUGAAAUGAUCUUAAAGGAUCUAUGUGAGAAUCUAAAAAGCUUAGAAGACCCAGAGGCCAAAGCAUCUAUGAUUUGGAUCAUCGGAGAAUAUGUAGAUACAAUUGAGAAUGCUGACGAUUUAUUGUCUAAUUUUAUUGAGAAUUUCAAAGACGAACCAGCUAAUGUGUAAAAUUAAAUGUUGGUUGCAGUGAUGAAAUUGUUUUUGCAAAGACCAGUAGACGGAAAAGAAAUUAUUCAUAAUUUAUUAAAGGUAGCAACAACGGAAUGCGAAAAUCCAGAUGUGAGGGAUAGAGCUUAUAUUUAUUGGAGAAUGCUAUCAACUGAUCCAGAAUUAGCAAAAAAGAUUGUGUUCUCAGAGAGACCUCCUAUUUCUGAUGCUAGUUACACACUUGAAAAUGAACUCUUAGAUAAAUUAAUUGAAAAUAUUGGAAAUCUCAGUUCAGUUUAUACAAAAAAGCCAGAAAGCUUUGUUAAAAAAUUGAGAGAAGUCUUAAAUUCAAAAAUGUAAGACAAACCAGAGGAAGUAUAUGAAGGUGAAUAACUAAUGGAUGGAAGACCAGAAGAUUAUAGUGAUUAAUAAGCAGGUCCAUAAUCAAAUGUUUAUGAAGGAAAUUACGAAACAUCAUCAUAAAUACAAUAAUAAACUAAUGCGUAAUCAUAAAUUUAAUAAGUUUUAUAAAAUAUAGAUUUAUUGGAUUUAGAUGAUUCAUAAGAACGACAAUAAUAACCCCCACCAUCAUCAUAAUAAUAAUAAUAAUAAUAAUAACAAUAACAAUAACAAUAACAACUAUAAUAAAAUAUUAAACUACCAUUUUCUGAAGUCCUUAGUUCCAUUACUUCAGGAGCAUAAUAAAAAAUAGUUGGACUUUAAAUUGAAGGUGCUUUCUAAAAAAAUGGAGAUCAGAUUAUCUUAGAAUUAAAAUUUGCCAACAAAACUCAGGAUAAAACUUUUUAAGGUUUUGGAAUUAAAUUUAACAACAAUCCAUUUAGAUUAUAACCGGAUUCUAUUGAAAUUUCUAGUCCACCUAUCUAACCAGGAUAAAGUUUGAUUACUUAAAUCUUUGUAAACCUAAAUGGGCCAGCUUGCUAAGAUGCUCCUUAAAUGCCUUAUAGAAUAUAGGUUGCACUGAAAACUAAUUUAGAUGUGUUUUAUUUUCUUAUCCCCAUGUCACUUAGUGUGUUAUUUAGCUCUAAUGGUUAAAUUACUUAGCAAAAAUUUGUUGAAUUAAGUCAAGCUUAGAAUUAUGCAAGAAAAAAUGAAAUUCUUUAAUUGCAAGUUGAUUAUCAAAAAAUGAGAGAGAAGCUAGAGAGAAACUAUUUAUAUUUAGUAGGAAUUAGGAAGGAUGAUAAAGGAGUUGAAUUAUUAUCCUACUCUGUUGUCUUAGCUAAUGGCAUGUCAAUCUUAAUUAAUGUCAUUCACACUACAAAUGCAAUCAAUUUAUAAUUAUAAGCUCCUCAUCCAACAUUAAUUCCAUUAAUAUUUUAAGCUUUAGGGUUUAUUUUAACGAUAAAUUGA